UUUCCACGCCGCGCCAACUCUCGCUUGGUGGCAGUUGAGAUGUCAGUUCAGGGAGCAGCAAAAGUCUGCUUGUGUUCUUGUUCCUGCGCCAACUUGUGGACCAAAUUACCCGCUGAUAGAAACAUUUCAUCACCACCUGAUAGACUUUCUGUUCCAGAGUGAACCAAAGGAAUCAAAGAGGAGACGACUGUAACUUACAGAAAUGGGGGGUCUGAUAUCCCGGUGGAAGACAAAGCAAACCACAGUUGAGCAGCUGGAGAGCCUUGACAAGGAGAUUAAAGAGCUGGAAGAGUUUAGAGCCAAAAACCAACGUCUCCAAAAGCUGUGGGUCGGCCGGUUGCUUCUCUACUCGUCAGUCCUUUACCUGCUGACCUCUCUGAUCGUGUACUGCCUCUACCUACCUGAACAAUGGUUGCACAGACUAGCCAUGGCUUUGCCUUUCUUCAUAUAUCCUGUGUUGGUUUGGUUCAUCAGGAAACUGUUGAUCUUCCUUUUUUCCAAACGUACUGAGAGAAACAGUGAGAAACUUGAAGAUUUGAAGGCUGCCAAGAAAAAGAUUCUGGAGGAAGUGAUGGAGACAGAAACGUACAAAAAUGCCAAACUAAUCCUGGAGCGCUUCGAUCCAGAAGCUAAGAAGAAAGCUGAGCUGGAGUCUACUCCAGUGCGUCCUCAGAUGACUCCCAGACCAGGACAAGAGAUUCGACAGAGAGGCAUGCCAGUGAGGCCCAUGCCGAUGGGCACCCCGGGUGCAAUGGCAAUGACAAUGACCCCUGUGGGAGCCCGGCCCCCUAUAGGACCUGGGGGCACACCUGUGGGUACACCUGUGGAACCUGUCCCUCUCUCAGCUCCAGGAGGACCACCGGAGAGAUCUGCUCUGUCUGCCUCUGUCCUCCAUGGGGCGGUACCCAGGACCCCCUGCUCCCCGAUACCAGGUGUAGGCCUUCACCCACCAGGUCCUCCAUUAGCCAGACCAAUCCUACCCAAAGACAGGGGAGCUGUGGACCGAGUCAUUGAGUACCUUGUCGGGGAUGGACCCCAGAACAGAUACGCUCUGAUCUGCCAGCAGUGUUUUUCUCAUAACGGCAUGGCUCUGAAAGAAGAGUUUGAAUAUCUAGCUUUCCGUUGUGCCUAUUGCUACUUCCUGAAUCCUGCCAGAAAGACACGUCCUCAGGCUCCCAGGCUUCCAGAGUUCAGCUACGAGAGGAGGCUGAGAGCGGAGUCCCAUUCCCCUGGACCGACACCUCGUUCUGGGACUGAAACUGAGGAGAGUGCACCCCCUUCUGGAGCCAAGGCUCCGGCUCCGUGGAAUUUGGUCCACAGUUUCCGGAUCCAGCAGAGUCCAAAGAACCCUCAGAACCGACCUCUGCAGAGUCCAGAUGAGAAAGAGAUGGGGGAUGACGAAGGGAUCACUCAGGAAGUUGAGAGUGAGACCCAAUCAGAGGAGCAGCCACUGCAGCAGCAGCAGCAGCAGCAGCAGGAGGAGGAGGAGGAGGACGAGGGAGUAGAAGAAGAAGAAGAAGAAGAAGAAGAAGUGGUUCAGGAGGAGGAGGAGAUGGAAAUGGAGCAGAGUCACGGUGCGCCAGUCGAGAUGAGACCGCAGCCAUCGUAGUUGCAAAACGUCCAGAAGAGGACCGGUGAUGUCUGAUCAUUCUGUCCAAACAAACGGUGGUGGUCAUGAUGGACAGGUAGCAUUUUUAAAGCAAUAUAGGUGGACAAAGAUUCUCACCAACAUUAGUUCAAUGUUUCUUCCUUUCAACCAAAAACAUCAGUCUCAGCUUUUAGAUAUUUGUCAAGUUCAUCAUGCCAAGAGAAAGGAGUUUAUAUCCUUAAUGUGCUUGGUAACUGGUGUGAAUUCUCAACGAAAAACAAUAAAACGUUCACUAAUAUUGCCUAAAAUGACGCCAGCAUAUCAUGGCCUGAUCUGUUUGAUUGGUUGACUGUGAAGGUGUCAGAUUGAUGAUUGUAGUUUUAAUCCUGAGGCUGUUUCUCGAUAGAGUAGUUGGCUGCUGACGAUGCUCUCUGCGUGGUUAUUGAUAUGGUGAUAAUUUUUCAGUAUUCUAAUGUAUGAUUUAGACUUUAAGGUUCUUUUGGUUUUGAAGUAGUCAGCUGCUGUUAAAGGGUUAAUGAUUUUAGGCAGGACGGCUGGUUUACAAAUGGUUUGUUCUUAGAUGCAGCCGAAAUGAAAACAUACACUAAAGUAAAUUGGUACAUUUCGCUAAAUAUAUAAGUUCAUUAUGAUGCAAAUGUAAGUAAAGAACAUACAUGCUAUUUAUUAUCAUUAAACAAAAAGUUCUCACCUAAACUUUGGGAGCAAACAUUAAAUUCAAGAAAGUGCAUCUGAAGACAAACAUCAUCAUCAACCAUGUUUACAGUUUACACAAGAUUGCCAUAAAGUUUCAGGGUCCCUGCUUUGGCUUUUGUUAUGGAUCUUGGACCCAUUUCAUAUGAAGACAUUUACAUUUAAACUAAUGCAUGCAAACAUUUUAUCCUGCUGAGAUUUUUAAGUUUUCUUUUCUUUUUUUAAAGUAUUUAUCAGCUUGUCCCAGACAGGUGGUAUCUGAGAUAUGAGAGGCUUCCCAGAAAACUACAGUAUGUUUUUGAGCAAAGUUAAUGUUUCACUUGUCAGCUGCACUCAAUCUGCAGGAAGCAAAAUGUUCUGAAGGGCCAAUAUAAAGAAAUCGACAAGGGGGUCUAACAGUGCUUGUAUCUGCAGUAAAUGGACGACGCUAACCAGAGAAAGCAGCUGCUGUUAAGUCGAUACACUGACUGUUGUUGACCGUCCAUGCCUUUGUGUCCUCGCUGUAGGCAGUCUGUCAGCGGCAAAUUAUUGUCACUCAUGUCAAACAUCCCACUUGUUACUGCGGUAACCAUAAACAUUGUGUAGCAACCACUUAUUGAACUCAGAUCAGCCAUCAGAAAUGCAGCAGAACAUGUGUUUCGAGGAUAGAUGUGUGUGUUUGUGACUCUCUUCACCAUUCAUUCUAAAUCUGGAGCUUUUGUCUGCUCUAAAAGAUGAAUUUUACAGAAUUUAUUUGAGUUAUUAUUUUUCCUAACCAAGCUUUUUUUUUUUGGGAAAAGCAAACUUCUACAAUGAAAUUUUUAGCUGUAGAAAUAUCUUUCUCUGACAACCUUGGCUAACUUAUUAGCUUGAGGAUAGCAUUAGUGUUGAUGAGCAAUGCUAACAAAAAGACAACCGAGCCUUUAAAUAUGUUGGGAAGUGAGUAGAGCUAAAACUGCCAAAUUCUCUAACUGGUCUUUUCCAAUCAUAGUUGUCAGUAGAAUUAUCAUUUGCCAAAUGCACUGUUGUUUUAUCUGUAUUAUUUGACUCCAUUUGCACUGAGUUUCUCUUUGAAUUUAUUUAUUUGGCCUUUUUGUGUUUUGAUCUGUUCAUGUAUCGCUGCACUAUUUGGUUUUUAAACAAUUAGAGGUGUAAUCUACAAAUGCCAUCGUACAGUCACAACUAUUUAAAAAGUCUAGGCCUGGUUUGGGCUCUGUAGCCUUCAGGUUGCUGCAGAUUUGGUGUUUGUUGAGAUUUUAUGUGCUUACAUUCAUUUUAAGUGUUUUAAAUAUGGUGCCAUCAUAAUGCCUGCUCUGGAUGUUGUUGUCAUGAUUAGUUUACUGUGUUUAACUCCUGUGGAAACAUAAAAAGUGUCUCAUGGUUCAUUUGGCCAGCACUAGAACAAAAACAGUUUAUUCUGUUAUUAAAUGGAACCAGAAGAAAUAGUGAGUGUCUAUGCAAAAUGUAAAUAUGUUGUAUGGCCUGUGUUGCACAGGUCUGACCCUCCUCAAAACUUCACAACAACCCAGAACCAUUUGGCAGGAGUUGGGUGUAAAGGUUUGGGACUAGCCUUCUGAAUGUGCACAUGGCAGCAAACAUGCUUUUGGACGAAGCUCUGUUGAAUGUCGAGCAGAGACUAUGUAAUGAAUUUAGAGUAGCCUGACUCCUCGAUCGCAGCUUGACAUUUGGAUUUUGCCUCGUUACUUCCCUCCAUCAGGCAUCGCGGUACCUCUACCUGCUCACUGACUUGUGAUUAACUGGAUGGUACCAGUGUUAACAAGCUUUGUAUCAGCUGGUGAUGAAAUAUAAAGUUGUCUCUGUGAUAUUUAAAAACUUUCUCCUCAACAAGUUCUCUUUUAAGUAACUGUUUGUUUUUCAUUUGUUACUUAGUUUUUUUUUCCUGCUAGAUUUAUUAGUUAUGUAUUUGACAGUGCUGGCUGUCAUUACGUGUGCGCAUGGCACGCCGAAUAAAAUUUUUCAACAAAGGAAA